AUGUUCGCAACAUCACCAAUGUUUGGUCAUCCUCUAUGCUGUCCGAGAGGUGGAUGGCGAUCGCCCAGGACCUGGCGUUCGUGUCGUAAACACGACAAGCGCGGCCUCGCCGUGUUCCCCCUCCGUCGCACAGACCCCCGCGGAGUACCGCGCAUGGCCCAGAUGAACACAAUCUCGCUGGUCGACGACUUCGCCGUCGCAACGUUCGACAUGCGUGUGGUCAACCCUACCUCUUUCUUGGCUGUGGGUCAGCUCCAACGUCUGCAGGAUGCUCUGUUCAGAUGCCACCGGCGAAGCCUUCCCUCCACCAAGGACGUCUCGCGCGUAUCGAUUAACGUUAUCAUCCCACCCAACACGGCGGAAAUGAACCAGAUGCUUGUCUUGAAAAUUCUGCGCGCCGAGGUGCUCCCGCAGUCUACAUUAUUCAGCUUGAAGUCCAUGACGGGCUCGGUGGACGCGAAGACUGUGGAGUGUAAUGGGCACAGCGUGGUCCACCACUAUUGGCCGCUGUGCUCACAGAUGCUCCCCAUUGGGGCUUGCAGGUUCUUGGUCGUUUCCGAUGCGUCGGCGGAGGCGUGGAGGGGCGUUCUGGACAGCAUUUACCAGAUCAUUAAAGCAAACGCCGCCACACGCUUGAAGUAG